GCCACCUCAGCGGCGGCCCGGGCGGCGGGCAGGGGCGGCGGGGACGGUCGGGCGGCCCGAGGUGCGGCGCGGAGCCAUGGUGAUCCUGUCCGAGCUGAGCGCGGCCCCCGCGGGCCCGCAGAAGCCCCUCCGCGUGGGCUUCUACGACGUGGAGCGGACCCUGGGCAAAGGCAACUUCGCCGUGGUGAAGCUGGCGCGGCACCGGGUCACCAAGACGCAGGUCGCCAUAAAGAUCAUUGAUAAGACCCGGUUGGAUUCUAGCAACUUGGAGAAAAUCUACCGUGAGGUUCAGCUCAUGAAACUCCUGAGCCACCCACACAUCAUCAAGCUGUACCAGGUCAUGGAGACGAAGGACAUGCUCUACAUCGUCACCGAAUUUGCCAAGAAUGGGGAAAUGUUCGACUACCUGAGCGCUCACGGACACCUGAGCGAGGAGGAAGCUCGGAGGAAGUUCUGCCAGAUCCUGUCUGCUGUGGAGUACUGCCACAGCCGCCGCAUCGUCCACCGGGACCUCAAGACCGAGAACCUGCUGCUGGACGCCGACAUGGAUGUCAAGCUGGCAGAUUUUGGGUUUGGAAACUUCUACAACCCUGGGGAGCCCUUGUCCACGUGGUGUGGGAGCCCCCCGUACGCGGCCCCGGAGGUCUUCGAGGGGAAGGAGUACGAAGGGCCUCAGCUGGACAUCUGGAGCCUCGGUGUCGUGCUGUACGUCCUGGUCUGUGGCUCGCUGCCCUUCGAUGGGCCCACCCUGCCAAGCCUCAGGCAGCGGGUGCUGGAGGGCCGCUUCCGCAUCCCCUUCUUCAUGUCUCAAGACUGUGAAUCGCUGCUGCGCCGCAUGCUGGUGGUGGACCCGACUAAGCGCAUCACCAUCGCCCAGAUCUGGCAGCACCGCUGGGUGCAAGCCGACCCUGCCCUGCUCCGGGAGGCCCAUGCCGCCCGCACCCUGCACAGCUACGACUCCAGCCUGGGAGACUACGACGAGCAGGUCCUGGGCGUCAUGCGGAACCUGGGCAUCGACCGGCAGAGGACCUUGGAGUCCCUGCAGAACCGUAGCUACAACCACUUCGCUGCCAUCUACUACCUCCUCCGUGAGCGGCUCCAGGGCCUCGGCUGCCCCACAGCCCGCCCCGGGCCCUGCAGGCCCCAUGGACCCAGCAGCCCCGACCUCCACGGCUUCGAGGCCCCGCCGGAAGGCCUUGCUGCCGGCCCGUUCCCGUCCUCCCUGCUGUGCCCGCAGCCCUUGGCACAGUCUGUUCUACAGACGGAGGUGGACUAUGACCUCCACAAGACUCUGCAGCCACUGCUCUUCCCGGGAGAUGCCAGCUGCCACAGCAUGCUCCAGCCCCACCCCGUGUCUCCUGUACCUCUACUGGACUGCACUGUGGGUGAGGAGGCCAGGCAGGCACCUAGCCCGGAGGAGGAACUCGAGGUCCCGCAGGCUCCGGCUGGCAGCACUGGCCGGAGACAUACACUGGCCGAGGUGUCCGCUCACUUCUCCCCGCUUUCUCCCCCAGGCAUAGUGGUUCCGGCAGCAGCAGCAGCGGCCAGCCCCUCUGAAGGCACCAGCUCUGACAGCUGCCUGAGCGCCCUGAGCCCCGGCCCCGUGAUAUUGGGCAACGGCCUGGCCCCCCAGGGACUGCUGACCACCUACUGCCCUGUCAGACUGAAUGCGCCUUUGCUGGGGGCUCAGUCAGCCACCCCGGUGCUGCAGGCCCAGGGGGCAUUGGGUGGAGCCGUGCUGUUCCCACUCAGCUUCCAGGAGGGCCGCCGGGCGUCCGACACAUCCCUGACCCAAGGGCUGAAGGCCUUUCGGCAGCAGCUGCGGAGGAGUGCCAGGACCAAGGGCUUCCUGGGGCUAAACAAGAUCAAGGGGCUGGCACGCCAGGUGUGCCAGGCAUCCACCGGACGCACCCCCACCCAGAAUCCUGGCCUGCAGGGCGGGCCCCCUGGCGGCCGGGAGGGCAGGGGCAUGCUGGAGGAUGUGCUGCUGCAGCAGAGGCUGCUCCAGUUACAACACCGCCCGGCCACCCCACCCAGCUGCCUGCAGGUCCCACAGCUGGCCACGGCCCCCUGCCUGCUUCCCCCCACCGACAGCCUCCUGGUGCCUGGGAUCCCGCUGCUGCCCGCCCUGUCCCCCGUGGCGUCGGCCGCACGGCUCCUGGACACGCAGCUGCACAUCGGCCCCAGCCCAGCAGUCCUCGCCAGGCUGGCCCCCACCUGUGAGCCCGUGGAGCUGCCGCGCGGGGCCUGCGAGAUGCGGGACCUGCCCUCCAGCCAGCUGGCCACGUUUGUGCUGGUGCAGUGA